AAUAACACACAAUGGCAUUAUAAAAUGUUCGAUAUAGCAUUAAUGCCCUCUAUAAAUUGUAUGACAAACUCCGAUUUAUGUGAGGAUCCGGCAACGUCGCAUGUCUAGCUACCGCACUUACAAAAAAUGGCGCUUGACACUUGAUAUAUGUGAACCGUGUUCGCGUAAGGAUAGCACGUUCUUUCUUCAGUGUAAAUGUUUUAUGAUUUGACAGGAAUGAAAAUUAUGUUACCUUUUUUAAAUCUGCUGACGAUUAAUAAGGGUACCUCUCAAACUUCUUCAAGGAUGAAAUACAUUAGAGAGAUAUUGCAUAUGGACCUAAAUAAGGGUAUGCAUUAUUUAGGUGAACCUAAAUAA